AUGGAGAUGCCAUGCAUUGUUCCGGCCGGACCGCCUCCCGCUUACUUAUACCCAUUCCAACAAGGGGAUAAGAUAGUAGUCAUUGAAUUAGGGCAGGCAGGGGUACGCCUCUCAAUGCACCUAAACCUCUUGUGUAAUGAGAGUGUUUGGUUUGAAGAUUUGAGGACGAAUAAACUUGAGAUAUUUGCACAGGGCCAGCCUGCCGUCAUAACCAUGGCAGACGUGGAACCGGAAGUGUUUGGAGUAUUUUCAGAUUGGAUUUAUGGGGAUAAGUACCGCGUGGGCGGCGUGGUAUUGCCCUUACACGCGCCGCACGAUGAACCGAUCCGACCAGAUCUGCGUGUCGCCGCAGCCGCAUACUCGUUGGGGGGUUGGCUCAAGGCACAAUGCUUUAUGGAUCAAAUAGCAGACGCGGCAAGGGCCGCACUACGUCCACCGCCUGCGAACAUUCUCCGUGAGCCGGAGCUGCAGCAUAUCGAAAUAAAGGAUAUCAUCCUCUCGCAAGGAUCUGUUGCUGUUGAAACACUAUUCUAUCGUUUGUUACAGGAUUACCUGCGAUAUUAUAUUUACAUAAGGACGGAGCGAGAUAUGUUCACAGAUUCUUUACCGGAGGAUCUUAAAUAUAUCUGGCUUGCUCUUGAAGGCCGGAUCCUAGAAAAUAUAGAAGCGGACAACCCACCCAUUGGCCCGAUGAUGCCCCACAAGGCACCGCGAUGCUAUUACCAUGUUCAUGGGCACGAUUAUCGAUGUGCACCUAUAGACUACUAG